UUUGGCUUGUUGACACUCGUUUUAGAACCGACUUGUGUCAGAAGAGGGUGAUAGUCAUCAUAAGGUGUGUCAUAGAGGGUGGGUGGCAAAUAUUUUCCAAUUUUUCUCUCCUUCAUCAUUACAUUUAGUUUCAAUUUAAUAACUGUUUCAGCCUUUUUUGCUUGUUACCACCAUAAUUUUUAGGGUUAACCACUUCAACUUGUCUGGAAAGCAUAAGGGGAGCAUUCCAAUUCUGGUCAAAGGGUUAGUUCCUUGCCUCUAGAUUCAGCCAUCUGGGUUUGAAUUCCCGGCAAUGCACGUGGCAUUGCUGCUGCCUGACCACUUGGAACAGCGUGAGAGCUCCGGUUAGCACCUUGGUCCACCAGAAAUGGUGCUUAACCCAAAUCAAUAAUUCAAAGGCAUAGCUUCAAAAUGGAUAACUACAACCAAGAUGAUGAUGACCUCAAUGAAGAAGGAGAUGUGCAAGAUAACACAUUUUCUGGCAGGGAUGGUGCUAUAUUUCUGGUGGAAAUGACCGAAGAAAUGUUUGAAAAGCCAGAUGAUGACUCUGAAUCCCAUCUACAGCUGGCCUUGCUGCUCAUCUGCUUUCUCUGCACUGCAGUGCGCUCGGUCGAUGAAUGUCAACAAGAUCGUUAGCUCCAGCUCUGACUGUGUGGCUGUGGUGCUGUUCGGCACGGUCCGCGGCCGCGGCGGAUCGGACGGGGGAAGUGUGCACGUGCUACAGGACCUCGGUCUGCCCGGCGACCAGCGUAUCAUGGAGCUGGACAGACUCACCAAUGGUGACGGUGAGCUGGAGAAGUUGCGUGAGGAGGUGGGCAUCAGCACCACGUUCUCACUGGUCAACGCGCUGUUCCAGUGCCGCGCCAUGUUCGCCGCCACGCACAAGAAGUCGAAGCUGUACUCGAAGCGUAUUUUGCUGUUCACGUGCCGUGAUCGUCCGCCAGCGGCCGGCUCCGAUGCGCUGAAGCGGCACGUCUUUCAGAGCGUGCAGGAUGUGCGCUCCAGCGGGGCCACCAUAGACCUGUUUCCGCUGGGAGAAGGGUUCAGCAUGGAUGCCUUUUACUCGGAGGUGCUGUUUGACGAGAACUCAGACGAACCGCCGCCGACGGCAGUCGUCUCCAGCAAACUGGACGAGCUCCUCACCAGGGUGCGCCAAAAGUCGCACAAGAAACGCGCCAUCGGCAAGAUACCCUUCAUCCUGGGAGAGGGCGUCAAACUGGCGGUCGGCGUCUACAACCUCGUGAGGUCGACUCCGAAGCCGAGCUCGGUGCGUGUGGAACAGACCACCAACGCGCCGCUGACGGGCUGUGCAGCAGAGGUGAACGAGAGCACGAGUAAGCCGCUGCUGCGGUCAGAGAUCGACUACACGCUCACCUACGGCGGCCAGAAGAUCGCCUUCAACAGCGACGAGGUACGAGAGAUGCGUACCAUUUGCGAGCCGGGUCUGGUACUGCUUGGGUUCCGGCCGGCAACCACUCUGGACGGUCUCCAGCACGUGCAGCCGGCCAGCUUCGUCUACCCGGAGGAGGCGCGCGUCAAAGGCAGCCGUCAGCUGUUCACGGCCCUGCUGCGCCGCUGUGAGGAGCGCCGUCUGGUGGCCAUAUGUCGGCUGGUGAGCCGUCGGAACGACACGCCCCACCUGGUGGCGCUGCAGCCGCAGAUGGAGCGGACCGAGGGCGGCGUGCAGAUCGCGCCGCCCGGCUUCCACGUCAUCUUCCUGCCGUUCGCGGACGAUAUUCGCCAGCUGUCGCUGCCGGAACCCACUCGGGCUACCGACGAGCAGAUCGAGGCGGCGCGCGCUAUCGUCAUGAAACUGCGCUUCAAGUACUCGCCGGACAAGAUUGAAAACCCCAGCCUGCAGAAACACUGGAUCAACAUCGAGGCCAUCGCACUGAACCGACAACAGCCGGACGAAUUUGUCGACUACACGGCUCCGGACGUUGAGCGCAUUGAGAAGAAGGCUGGUUCGUUGAUAGCCAACUUCAAGGAGCUGGUGUCACUGGACGGCGACCCGGACCCGUCUCCUGCGGCCAAGCGGGCGCGCCGCGACCCAGUCGACGUGGACAUGAAGGCGCUGGCUGAGGCGAGGAAGGUCAACACGGCAAAGGUGGACGAACUGAAGGCGUUCCUCAAAUCGGUCGGCCAGUCGGUCGGCACCAAGAAGAAGGCUGAACUGGUAGAGGCCGUGUACAACCACUUCGAGAGCUAGGCGGCCGGCCGGGUCUGAUUUUUAGGACGGCCGAACAGACAGACAGACUCUGCGCCUCUGCGUGAGGGCGAAUCAGCGGCUUUGUCGGACAAAUACGGCUCUGAUUAGGCGUCGUGUUCUGCAGUGUGCUGUUCACCACCAUUCGCUUGCGUGCUGCUCAGGCUUGGAUGCGAUGUCACUUUUGCAGCACAUCAGCGUAUCGUGAUCUAGCUCGCAGUUUGUCGCGUAUUUUGUUCUUGUUAUAAGUACCUUUAAAAUGUGUUAAUGGUUAGUUUUGUUUAUCCCCGAUGCAGACUGGAAGACGAAACGAGCCCGAGGUGGCUGUUAGUGCCCUUUGUCUUCUGUGAAGCCCCUGUUCUUUGCAUGCUGUAUGUAGUGAGUUAUCGUUCGAUAAUGCACUCAGCUCAAGAAUCUCACCACAUGACGCGAGAACACAGAUGGCCUGCUCGCUUUUAGCUCCACACGCCCGAUCUCGUUGCACGGCGAGUAAUUUGUGAUUACAAAAAGUGUGCCUUUGUGUAUUUGCUAGUCUUGUCGGAUACAGGAAUACAGCCCGACUCCAUUC